AUGGAGCUCUCUAACCCCGAGCGAGCCUGGCGGCGGUCGCGUGCCCCGCGGCAGAGGGCCCGGUGGCGGGCACCGCGCACCCCGGUGGCUGUUGGCCGUGCGCUAGGUGGUGAGGGCCUCUCUGAUUUCGUUGUUGUUCUAUCUCUGCAGGCAUCUAGGAUAAUAUUAGCAACUGAUGAUGAUCAUCCAGGUCAGGCUCUGGCCGAGGAACUUGCUCGUCGACUUGGUAAAGAAAGAUGUUGGAGAGUCAAGUGGCCAAAGAAGAAUGAUACAGAUACUUGCAAGGAUGCAAAUGAGGUACUGAUGUUUUUAGGUCCGCAAGCAUUGAGAAAGGUUAUAGAUGCAAAACUGUAUCCUAUAAGAGGCCUUUUUUCAUUCAAAGAUUUCUUCCCAGAGAUUGAUAAUUACUUUCUUGGAAUACAUGGUGAUGAGCUUGAUAUUCAUACUGGAUGGAAAUCUUUGGAUGAUCUUUACAAGCUCAUUGGUGAAGGUGGGUUCUUUAUUAUAACAGUAAUGCUUUUGCGUGCCUCAUCACAGGUAAAGGAGCAUGCUAGGAAACUCUUAGAGAAGCACAUUGAGAAACCAUUCUUUGAUGCUAGUGCUUCGGAUAGAAUCAAAGCAAUGGACCAAGUUUUAUCAAAAUCAAGGGAUCUAUUGUACGAUUGCAAGGAAAUUACCGUGCGUUUGAGAGCAAUGCUUCAGUCAGCAGAUGAGCAGAGAAAAGAAAGUUCCCCAAUAGUGAGAACUUGGAAAAUCCUGAUCUUUACCAUUAUGCUCUUUUUCUCGGACAAUGUUUUGGCAGCAUCAGUUGUCGUCAACUCAACCAUCAUGAGUGCGAAGGAGCCUGAAAAACAUGUAUUUCAUCUUGUUACUGACAAACUGAACUUUGGGGCCAUGAACAUGUGGUUUUUGCUGAAUCCACCUGGGGCUGCAAAUGAGAAGAAACUUCUGACCCUCUUUGCCAAUUUAUUACAUGUUAGACAUAUCUACUUGUACUACACAUACUACCUCUAUUUUUUGUUUUGUUAG